AUGAAGACUCUCAUCGCUGUUGUGUUAGCUCUGACCGUUCUGCAGGCGACCGCUGUGCCUCUGGACGUGAAUGAAGCGGAAGUUGACAGACCUGCUCGCUGGGGGAGAUACUGCGACCAGUCCUAUUACAACAACAGCGGUGUGAUAACAAGUCCUAACUACCCUCAGAAUUAUGAUAACAACCUAGACUGCGAUUACGUCAUCAACCCGACGCUGUACGGACGCUAUGAGAUGCGAUUUUACCUCUGUGACUUCGAUGUGGAAGCGUCUGUAUUUGGCGGAUGCUCAGACUGGGUGGACUUCAACGGGACGCAGCGGAUUUGUGGGAUUCAAUUGGGCGAGAUGAAGUUUUUGGGCACUGGGUUUUUCGAGUUGAAAUUUCACACAGAUUGGCGUACGACACGACGUGGCUUUAGGAUUGCAUAUUGUGCCGGCUGUUAUAACUGGAACGCUGUGUCGGCAAUGUGCAGGAACAGGCAUUCCCGUUUGGCGAAUACAGGCUGGCAAAACGGAUACUUCCCGAACGGUUCCUUCGGAAAUGGAUGGCCGAACAUCACUCGCUACAACCAGUCCCAGCAUUGGGGAUGGCCUAGCCAGUAAACCGAAACUUUGAAUACAUAGCUUCUCUUAAUGAUACACAUCAUUUGACAAAUAAUUAAUAAAAUACGUAACCGUGGAUGAAUCUGCAUCAAAUCAAUUAAAAAUACAAAGUCUGAGACCUUUGUUUAUUCAAAUAAAUAAAACUUGUUCUGAUGCUAUCACAUUCAUGAUUUCAGCUUACUUAAUUGUCGACUAAUUAAGGAUUGGUUUUCAGUAGUGAUAGGUACAUGCUGAAUGCGUAUAACCGGUUCUGGACUCAUCACAUAUUCACAUCAAUGUGGUAAAUGGAUUACCUUUACGUUACCUUUAUGGCCUUUGCCUUUUAGGAGCGGUCUGACUUUUUGUCAUACUGUUCAGGUAGCAAAUCUGUCAGCUUUAUUUAAAAACCAUAUACAUAGAGAUUAUCACAACAAUGUGUGAUCG